GGCGGCGCUGUGCACAUCCGAGCACCAUGGAGAGCCAGCCCGGGCCGCAGCCUGGCAGCCCGGGCCGCUCCGAGAGGCUGAACGCGCGGCUGCUGGACGAGUUCGUGUCCCUGCACGGCCCCACGCUGCGCGCCUCAGGCGUCCCGGAGCGACUAUGGGGCCGCCUCCUACACAAGCUGGAGCACGAGGUUUUCGACGCUGGGGAGAUGUUUGGGAUAAUGCAGGUGGAGGAGGUGGAGGAGGCUGAGGACGAGGCCACCAGAGAGGCUCAGAGAAAGCAGCCCAAUCCUGGGGGUGAGCUGUGCUACAAGGUCAUUGUGACCAGUGAGAGCGGUGUCCGGGCUGAUGACCCCAACAGCAUCUUCCUCAUCGACCAUGCCUGGACAUGCCGUGUGGAGCAUGCCCGCAAACAGCUGCAGCAGGUACCUGGACUCCUGCACCGGAUGGCCAACCUCAUGGGCAUCGAGUUCCAUGGAGAAGUGCCCAGCCCAGAAGUUGUGGCCCUAGUGCUGGAGGAGAUGUGGAAAUUCAACCAGACCUAUCAGCUGGCCCAUGGGACAGCUGAAGAGAAGGUGCCAGUGUGGUACAUCAUGGACGAGUUUGGCUCAAGGAUCCAGCACUCAGACAUGCCCAGCUUCGCCACCGCUCCCUUCUUCUACAUGCCCCAACAAGUGGCGUACACGCUGCUUUGGCCCCUAAGGGACCUAGACACAGGCGAGGAGGUGACCCGGGACUUUGCCUACGGAGAGGCAGACCCUCUGAUCCGGAAAUGCAUGCUGCUGCCCUGGGCCCCCGCCGACAUGCUGGACCUCGGCUCCUCUACGCCUGAGCCUCCUGCCAAGUACUACCAGGCCAUUUUGGAGGAGAACAAGGAGAAAUUGCCGCUCACCAUUAGCCCAGUGGCACGUCCCGAGGGCCACAUCUUCAGAGUCCACUGCGACGUGCAGCAGGUGCUCGGCCACCUCACACACCCUCGCUUCACCUUCACUGAGAGUGAGACUGACGCCGACAUCUUCUUCCAUUUCUCACACAUGAAGGACUACAUGAAGCUCAGCCAAGAGAGCCCACAGGUGCUACUCAACCAGUUCCCCUGUGAGAACCUGCUGACUGUCAAGGACUGUCUGGCCUCCAUCGCUCGCCGGGCUGGGGGCCCGGAGGGUCCCCCCUGGCUACCCCGAACCUUCAACCUGCGCACUGAGCUGCCCCAGUUUGUCAGCUAUUUCCAGCAGCGGGAGAGGCGGGGUGAAGACAACCACUGGAUCUGCAAGCCCUGGAACCUGGCCCGCAGCCUGGACACUCACGUCACCAACAACCUCCACAGCAUCAUUCGACACCGAGAGAGUACCCCCAAGGUUGUGUCCAAGUAUAUUGAAAGUCCCGUCUUGUUCCUCCGAGAAGAUGUGGGGAACGUCAAGUUUGACAUCCGCUACAUUGUGCUGCUCCGCUCAGUGAGGCCGCUGAGGUUGUUCGUGUACGAUGUGUUCUGGUUACGCUUCUCCAAUCGGCCCUUCGCCCUCAAUGACCUAGACGACUAUGAGAAGCAUUUCACCGUCAUGAAUUAUGAUCCGGAUGUGGUGCUGAAGCAGGUACACUAUAAUGAGUUCAUCCCCCAGUUUGAGAAGCAGUACCCAGAGUUUCCCUGGAGUAGUGUCCAGGCUGAGAUCUUCAAGGCCUUCACGGAGCUGUUUGAAGUGGCAUGUGCCAAGCCACCACCCAUGGGCCUCUGCGACUACCCCUCAUCUCGGGCCAUAUAUGCCAUUGACCUCAUGCUCAAGUGGGACAGCCACCCAGAUGGAAAGCGGGUGAUGCAGCCUCAGAUCCUGGAGGUGAACUUCAACCCUGACUGUGAGCGAGCCUGCAGGUACCACCCCUCAUUCUUCAACGAUGUCUUCAGUACCUUGUUUCUGGACGAGACUGACGACUGCCAUGUCACCCGCAUCAUCUAGGUGCCCAGAGCUCUGCCUGUGCUCACAGAACUGCGUCUGCAGUCCCAGCCUUCUCCCCUCUCUCUUCUCUCCUUCCCUCCCCAGCCAGAGCCUCGGCCUAAGUAAGGCCCAGCCCUCCUAAGCUGUGUUCCUGCUUCAUAUGUGGGAUAUCAGGUCCAUGUGUGGCAGAGCGGGACAGUGAGUGGUGUCCCAAGGGCUGGGCUCUGCCCCAGCACUCUCUGUACCUCUUAACACCCUCUCUUCUCUGACGUGUCUGCAGCUCAGCCAAGGGCUUUUCUCCUGGCAUCUAGAGAGUUUUCAGACAAAGAAGUGUUCUGCAGAACCAGGGUUCCACGUGGAAGUGUUUGGAAACCCCAUAUCCACUAGGGCCAGAGAGUAUUCUCUCAGUUUCUGCCCUCCUGUCCCAUGGCUGCUGUAAAUGGGGUACGAGGACCCUGUGUUGUACUCACAGGCCCCAGAACAGCCAAGGGGAAACAUUUGCCAACCUGGCCUUAUGCCUCAGCAUCCUCCACCAGAGCCUUCACCAGCAGACUUCCCAGCCAUGCCUCCUGCCCUUGGUAUUUCCCAUCUGGGAAGCUAGGCUGUUCAGAGUCCCAUGGUCUCUGUGUGCUGCCACCUCACCAAGUCCCACUGUGCUCUUGUGGUAGACAGGGUGCCAGGGUGCUCUAGGGUUGUGACAUUUCAUGGCAGAGUCCAGGCAGGGGUGACUGGAAAUGCCACAGCUGCUAAGAUGGCUCUGGGGAGAACUUCAUGUGGGAAUCAGGCUGCCUCUUGCCAAGGUUCAGAGCCAGAGUACUGAGGUUUGGGGUUGUUUGGUUUUCUUUUAACCUACAGAAAGUCAAUGUAACAUCAAGUUCCUAAUUUUGUUGCUGGAAUUUGAAGUCAGCCACACAGUUGUUUCUGUAACUGCUGGGCACCUACAUCCAGCCCCCUAGGAAGUGGGUGUGGUUAAGUGGGCGGGAGGUGCUUUCAGACUCUCCUGUGGGUGGGGCACUGUGGUGGCUGUCAAACUUGUGAAGGUAAAAGUGACCCUCUCUUAUAGCAUAACUGGACAUGGUUCUUCCUGCUCAUCUCUGGGCAUGUAGGCCACCUAUUAGGGAGUCUGCCCAUCCAUGUUGGGUCCAGCCACCAUCAGGGGCAGGGUAGACACUUCUGGUGGUCCUGUCCCUGGAAAGCUACUGGCCUCUGCCCUUUUAUACUGCAAUAAAAUACACCUUCUUUUCA